AUGAGCCAGCAGCAGCCCUAUGGCCCGCGGAAGAGCAGCUCCCCGGCGCCGGGGACCCGGCGGAACGACAGCCAGGACUACCUGCUGCUGGAUGCGGAGCCCUGCGAGGAGAGUGCCCUGCCGCCCUACGCCUUCUACCCCGUCCGAGGCAACGAGAACAGACUAGCUCUACGAAGACAGACCAUUCUCCGGGAGAAGGGGAGGAGGCAGGCCAGUCGAGGCCCAGCAUAUAUGUUUAAUGACCACUCAACAAGUCUUUCCCUUGAGGAGGAACGCUUUUUGGAUGCUGCAGAAUAUGGAAAUAUUCCAGUGGUUCGCAAAAUGCUGGAAGAAUGUCCCUCACUCAAUGUGAACUGUGUGGAUUACAUGGGACAGAACGCUUUGCAGCUGGCAGUUGCCAAUGAGCACCUGGAGAUCACAGAACUUCUGCUGAAGAAGGAGAACCUGUCUCGGGUGGGGGAUGCCUUGCUUUUGGCUAUUAGCAAAGGUUAUGUUCGGAUAGUGGAAGCCAUCCUAAACCAUCCCGCUUUUGCUGAAGGCAAGAGGCUUGCACUGAGUCCUAGCCAGUCAGAGCUCCAGCAAGAUGACUUCUAUGCAUAUGAUGAAGAUGGCACACGGUUUUCCCAUGAUGUUACACCAAUCAUUCUGGCUGCUCACUGCCAUGAGUAUGAGAUUGUCCACACUCUGCUGAGAAAAGGAGCUAGGAUCGAUAGGCCACAUGACUAUUUCUGCAAGUGCAGUGAAUGCAAUCAGAAACAAAAACAUGACUCUUUCAGCCAUUCCAGAUCCAGAAUCAAUGCCUACAAAGGUCUGGCCAGCCCUGCUUAUCUGUCUUUGUCCAGUGAAGACCCUGUAAUGACUGCCUUAGAGCUCAGCAAUGAGCUGGCUGUGCUUGCAAACAUAGAGAAAGAAUUCAAGAAUGAUUACAAGAAACUGUCUAUGCAAUGUAAAGAUUUUGUAGUCGGACUCCUUGAUUUGUGCAGAAAUACAGAAGAAGUGGAAGCUAUUUUGAAUGGUGAUGUAGAGAUGAACCUCAGUAAUGGAGAACACGGCCGCCCCAGCCUUAGCCGCUUAAAACUUGCCAUUAAGUAUGAAGUUAAAAAAUUUGUAGCACAUCCAAACUGCCAGCAACAACUUCUCUCAAUUUGGUAUGAAAAUUUAUCAGGUUUACGGCAGCAGACCAUGGCAGUGAAGUUUCUGGUUGUUCUUGCUGUUGCAAUAGGACUACCCUUCCUUUCAAUGGCUUACUGGAUUGCUCCUUGCAGUAAGCUGGGGAGGAUAAUGCGUGGACCAUUUAUGAAGUUUGUAGCCCAUGCAGCCUCUUUCACCAUUUUUCUUGGUCUGCUUGUCAUGAAUGCAGCUGACAGGUUUGAUGGCACCAAACUCCGACCUAAUGAAACAACAGACAAUGUAAAACAGCUGUUUAGGAUGAAAACAUCAUGUUUCACAUGGAUGGAGAUGCUCAUUAUUUCUUGGGUAAUAGGCAUGAUAUGGUCUGAAUGUAAAGAAAUUUGGUCUCAAGGUCCAAAGGAAUACCUUUUUGAGUUAUGGAAUAUGCUUGAUUUUGGUAUGUUAGCAAUUUUUGCAGCAUCAUUCAUAGCAAGGUUUAUGGCAUUUUGGCAUGCGUCCAGAGCCCAGAACUUCGUGGAUGCACAUAUGAAAGAUCUGACUAGUCCAACACUGGACCCCAGCAUAAAAUACUACACCUUGGCCAGAAUAAACUGGGAUCCGUCCGAUCCUCAGAUCAUAUCUGAAGGGCUGUAUGCAAUUGCAGUUGUGUUAAGUUUCUCAAGAAUAGCCUACAUCUUACCGGCUAAUGAAAGCUUUGGACCACUGCAGAUAUCACUUGGCAGAACCGUGAAAGACAUCUUCAAGUUUAUGGUGAUAUUUAUCAUGGUGUUUGUAGCUUUCAUGAUCGGCAUGUUUAACCUCUAUUCCUACUAUCUGGGGGCAAAACAAAAUGAAGCAUUCACAACUGUUGAAGAAAGUUUCAAAACAUUGUUCUGGGCUAUAUUUGGACUCUCAGAAGUUAAAUCGGUUGUCAUCAAUUAUAAACACAAAUUUAUUGAAAAUAUUGGUUAUGUCCUUUAUGGAGUCUAUAAUGUUACCAUGGUCAUCGUCUUACUGAACAUGCUUAUUGCAAUGAUCAACAGUUCAUUCCAGGAAAUUGAGGAUGAUGCUGAUGUAGAAUGGAAAUUUGCAAGGGCUAAACUUUGGUUUUCUUACUUUGAAGAAGGGAGAACUCUUCCAGUACCCUUCAACUUAGUACCAAGCCCAAAAUCUUUGCUGUAUCUCCUAAUCAGAAUCAAAAAAUGUAUUUCUAAACCAUUUCUGUGCCAAAAGAAAAACUUUCAGGAAGAUGCGGAGAUGAACAAGCUUGGUCAAAGGAAGCAGUCAAGUAUAAGAAGCUCAGAUGAAAUUCACUUAAACAGUUUAAACAAUCCUCCAAGACAAUACCAGAAAAUAAUGAAACGUCUCAUUAAAAGAUAUGUAUUGAAAGCUCAGAUAGAUAAGGAAAGUGAUGAAGUCAAUGAAGGUGAACUGAAGGAAAUUAAACAGGACAUCUCAAGUCUCCGGUAUGAACUCCUUGAGGAAAAAUCUCAAAAUUCUGAAGAUCUGGCAGAACUUAUAAGGAAACUUGGGGAAAAACUGUCAAUUGACUCUAAGGAAGAAGAAAGCAAGAGAUAACCGAAAUGUUUAAGAGAUGCAACAGAAUGUUAACAAUUCACUUAAAGCCAUAUUUCUGUUUUUCUCAAGUCUAGCUCACGUUUAUACAGAAGAUUCAGAAAUUAAAUCAUUCCAAUUCUUUAUUGAAAAAACACAGUGACAAGUCCUGUGGGUGUACAGUAGGGAGGGGAUGCCACUUCUGUAAAGAUAUUUAUUCUUUACUUGCUGAAAAAGAGUUAAUUUGAGAUAAUUUAGAUACUCAAUUUACCUCUUUUAGAGUUCCAGUGGAAUCUUGAUAAGGCCAGUCAUGAAAGACUAAAAGCAUAGAUCUAAAAUUUUCCUACAUUACUGUUUCUGUUUAUUUUUUGCAAAUUUCCUUUUGUAAAGAUUCUUACAUAUAUUUUAGUGAAGCAAAAGAGAAAAAUUCCACGCUUUUACAGAUAUGUAUAUAUCUAUCUAUCUCAAAAGCUAUUUAAUUUUUCCAGCAUUCCCAACUGGGGGGGGGAGGGGUUGAAUUCUUAAAAAUGAAUGGGAUAUUAAAAUAAUUUAGGAAUGUUUCCAUGCAGAGGUAAAGUAUCAAGAUAUGCAUAGCACUGUAUUACACUUCUCCCAACUUAUCCCUGUCGCUGCUGGACUGGACUAUCCUGAAAGAUCCCUAGGUUCCAAUGGGAGUCAGAGCAUUUAUAAAUAAGUAUUUUUCAUCAAGUUUAUUAAGAAGCUAUUGCUGAGACCAGAAGAAAAAUUUUUUUAAUCCAUGAUAUUUAAUCAUUGAUGUUCUAAUCUCUUUCAGAAUUCCCAGGCUCUUCAGCUUUUAUGUCUUGAACUGAACCUCCCAAACUACAGGGUGGGGGGUUGAAUGUAACAAUUUUAUUUAAGGUAGAAGAUACUAAAAUGUUAGUUGAAACCUCUCUCUGAAUUCUGGCGGUAGCAUACAUGGGGGACCAUGUUUCCCCAUAGUUAAAUCUGUUUAAAUCAUAACAUUUUCUUCAGAUCUCUCCAUAGUAAAGAAAAGCAUCUUGUUUCAAAAGUUCAUGAAAUCUCAUCUUCUUUGCAUCCCUCAUCCUUUUUUCCACCGGAGAAAGCUCAGUUCUUGUGCUGUGUUCUUUAGGGCUCCAAAGAAGAAUCUCCAUGCCAUCAGCAGAGGCCUCUAGUGCUUUCACCCUACCGACUGCAAUACUUCUAUGUCUCUUUCUGUUAAACUGGAGAUGAGGUGUCUGUCUCUGGCUGUUUGUUGUGUCACUAAUAUGCCCAUGCAGGACAGUCAGCUAGUUUCUCUCUCUCCAGGUAGAUACAGCAUAAAUUCCAGAUAAUUUUUUCCCCAGUUAAUACAGUAAUUUGUAUUUCUCACUGAUUCUGUGACUGUUAUAAACAUAUAUUGGGCAUCUCUCCUCUCUUUAAGUUUGGUUGCGAUUAGUGAAAGGGUUGUGAAAAAUUGCAACAGGGACAUCAAGGUGUAAGAAUGCACCUGUAAAAGACUUGUAUGUUUAAGAAACAAGGAUGGAAAUAUCAGUAAUUGCUUUAAAAUUAGCUUUGUGAAAUUUAUUUAUUGUGGAAUGUAUCUCAAUAUAAAUAACCUCAACCUCCUUUU